UUUAAUGUUGUGUAAAAGUAUUUCUUUUCAGCAAUUUUAUUCCCUAAAUACUCAUGCUUUGGCCAAUUUAUUCAAAAAUUCGAAUUGUGUUCCUCCCUUUGAAAAUUUCUCUAAAAAUUCAACUUUCAAAUCAACCAGUUGGGUUAUUGUUGAGGAAGAAGUGAAAAGACGGCUUGGAUGUGUUGGUAAUACAAACGAGGAUUAUGCUAAUAUUUUCUAUAAAAAUCAACACUGGUCCAUUUCUGUUUUCCUAACUCCAAAUAUUUACAAAUCUCUAGAUUAUAUAUUUCUUCGUCUUUAUAAAAUUAUUCUUGCUUGGCAUACCUUAAUGAAUUAUUCAAAUAAUUUAAAAAUAAAUCUUAGAAGAACAAAAAGAAGAAGAAAUGUUUUAAUUUAUUCUUUUAAUAAUUUAAAAAAUCAAAUUCAAAAAAGAUUAAAUUUAAAAAUUAUUCAUUUUCUUCAAAUUGUUAUUCAAGCAAUUUUGGGACAGUUAACCUCAAUAAAUGAUUAUUAUAUUAAAAAAUUGGUUGAUCAAAUAGAAUCUUCAAAUCCAUUACUUCAAAAAUUAAUUGAAAUUGCCAAAGAAUGGAAUGAAUGUCUUGAAUCACUUUAUGUUAGUUUAAAUAUUUAA